GUUCGAUGAUAAAUUUUGUUUAAGACAAUAUUAAAAAUGUUAUGUAAAAUAAGAUACUUUAUAUGUAUGUAUGUAUAAUUAAAUUGUAUCUUAAAAUAAAUGAAGCGCACGUAAAGGUCGCGAAAUAGUUGUUUUGAAAUGCGAUUAUUAAUCCAACAAUCCAAUUAAAAAAUUAAAUUUGCUGUAACGUAUAAUAAAAUCUCGAAUUUGAAAAAGAAUGUAUUUCACGAAAAAAUUGCAAUGUAUUUUACGUUUAUCUGAAAUCGCAUCUCGAUUGAUUUUAAACGGAAGUUUAUAUAUGUAGAUAGCAGUCAUUUUUGUUACCUUGCAGCAUCAAAACUAUAUUUUGUACUUAUACUUUUUGGAUAUGCAACAAAAUAUAUACACUAUCAGUUCAAUUUAGUUUCGUUUAAAAAGGUGAUACUUCCACUUAUCUUAUUACAUGUGUUAAAUACGACUGAUCUGCAAUGUUUUCUUUCCAACCUUAUAAUCAGGUGUUAUAUCAUCUGGCACAAUUAACUUCAGUAGUUAGUCCAAAAUCUACAUCAUUUCCAGUUAAAAUAAAGAGACAAAAUGAGUUGAAAAAAUCUGUGAAUGAUAUUUCCUCUAGUAAAUUAAACACGUCUAAUAUAAUUACAAUGUUUGAUAUAAGAACAAAUAAUGUUUUGGUAGUGUUAGAUCAAGUUUCUAUGAGAAUUUUUAAGAGAAAUUUAGAAAACAAUAACAAAUGGAAAGUAUCAUAUAUAUCAGAAUUGAAUUCUAUAAAAAACAAACAUAAAUAUUUAUAUAAGAAAUGUGCUGAAGAAAUUAUUUUACCUACUAUGUAUUUAUCAUCGAAACAACGUUAUACAACAUUAUGUACCUUCUGUAAUAAAAAUUUAUUUAAUUACCAUGUACAAAUACGUAGUUUUAAAACAAAACGCAAUGUGAAUGCUGAAUUAGAGAAACAAUCAUCGCUUAUAAAUAAAUUAAGAAACAUGUUUGGUUAUUUUUCUGGAACAAAUUCAUCAUUAGUACAAGCAGUGAAAAAACAGAAAGAAGUGAUGGAUCUCAAAUCUUUAUUCACCAAUGAAUCCAGUGAUUAUAAAACUAUUAUACUAGCUUUUAUUGAAGGAUUUGAAGCAGGACGCCAAUCGUCUUCUUUUGGAUGGGUUAAAACAUUAUAUAGUUUAGCAUCAGGAUGUUUGUUUCUAUCACUCUUAUAUAUAAGUUGCAGAAGCUAAACAAGAAUUAAGAGAUAUAGUUGAAUUUUUAAAAAAUCCAGAUAAAUUUGUUGCGCUUGGUGCAAAGUUACCUAAAGGCGUAUUAUUAGUAGGACCACCAGGGACAGGGAAAACAUUAUUAGCUAGAGCGGUAGCUGGUGAAGCUGGUGUUCCAUUUUUUCAAGCAGCUGGGCCAGAAUUUGAAGAGAUUUUAGUGGGACAAGGUGCACGAAGAAUGAGAGAUUUAUUUAAAGCAGCAAAAGAAAGAGCACCUGCUGUAAUAUUUAUAGAUGAAAUUGAUUCUGUUGGUGCAAAACGAACAAAUUCAUCUCUUCAUCCAUAUGCAAAUCAAACAGUAAAUCAAUUACUUACAGAAAUGGACGGAUUCCUUCAGAAUGAAGGUGUUAUAGUAUUAGGUGCAACGAAUAGGCGCGAUGAUUUAGACAAAGCAUUGAUGCGACCUGGUCGUUUUGAUGUUGAAGUUCUUAUUGAUAUACCAGAUUACUCGAGUCGAAAGGAAAUUUUUGAUUUAUAUUUAUCAAGAAUAUUUACUGAAGACGUCGAUUCGGAGUAUUUAGCGAAAUGCACUCCUGGAUUUACUGGAGCUGAUAUAGAGAAUAUGGUAAAUCAAGCAGCUUUAAGAGCUGCUAUAAAUGAUGCUGAACUUGUAACAAUGAAACAUUUAGAAUAUGCUAGAGAUAAAAUAAUCAUGGGUCCAGAAAAAAAACAAAAAAUUAAAGACAUAGAAACUAAUACCAUUACAGCAUAUCACGAAGCAGGACAUGCAUUAGUUGCAUAUUAUACUGAAGACGCACCACCAAUACAUAAAAUUACUAUUUUGUCUCAUAACUAUUCUUUAGGACAUACUGCAUUUUUAUCCGACGAUAAAUAUCAUACAACAAAAUCUAAAUUAUUAGCUGUAAUCGAUAGUGCAAUGGGUGGUCGUGCUGCAGAAGAAUUAAUUUUUGGUCCUGAUAAAGUAACAUCAGGAGCAUCUAACGACUUUAUGAGGGCAACUGCCAUUGCAGAAGAGAUGGUACAUAAAUAUGGUAUGUCUGAAAAACUUGGUUUUGGUAUAAUUCGUAAAAGAACACAAGUGGACGGAUAUGACUUAGGCCCUAGCACAAGUGAUCUUGCUGAUAAAGAAGUGAAACGCCUUUUACAAGAAUCAUAUGAACGAGCAAAACAGACAUUGCAAAAACACGCGAAAGAACUUAAAAUAGUAGCAGAUGCUUUACUUAAAUACGAAACAUUAAGCUCUAAAGAUAUAGAAGCUAUAAUUAAUGGAGAAAAGAUUCCACCUGAAGUUUUAAAAAAUGAACCACGGAUUGUAGAUCCGUCUGAACAUGUAUUAUAAUUAGCAAACCAAGAUUCAAUUUACAAUGACACAUAAAAUAAAUUAUUUCGUGCAGUAUCGUAAUCUACAAUUAUAUUUUAUAUUACUUUAUUAUAAUAAUUAUAUUUACAAUUUUAUAGACGCAGAAUUAUUGA